AGCAAAUUCUUAGUCAUGGACAAGUAUCUCUCGGACGGAUUGGCAGACUCUGCGAUAGAGUUGAAAGAAAGUGAUCUUUUGUCACCAAGGUCAGGGGCAAGCAUUGACCUUGCUGACCCGGAAGAUGACCGACCUCGACCUGGGCUGGUGAGACAAAGAGUUGACAAUCUUGAACAGUCGUUGAGGGGUGACAGUUUAGACGCCAGUGACUCGACAUCAAAACCUCUUCUUCAGCAAAACAUUGACUUGAGACGGAAGCUAGAAGAGGAACACGCCAGUUACAAACGUAAACUACAGGCGUACCAGGACGGGCAGGCUCGUCAAGCUCAACUAGUCCAAAAAUUACAAGCCAAGGUCCUGCAGUACAAACGUAAAUGCACGGAGCUCGAGCAGGAGUCCAACUCUGGCAAUACUGAAAGUAUUCAGCCAGACAAUUCUAGGGUAUCGGAACCUUCGAGGGGUAGAGAUUCAACGCCAACAAGGUGGUCUAGGGAGCGCUCAGUUAGUGGGGAUCGGAGAUCAUUACAGAGUCAAUCCGAUAGACUGGACAGUACCGAGGCCCGUCUAAGAAUGGCUGAGUCUGAUCAUAACACAGACCUGGAACAGGCCCUCAUCAAGUUGGAGGAGGAGCAACAGAGGUCAGCGAGCCUGGCUCAUGUGAAUGCCAUGUUGAGAGAGCAGCUAGACCAGGCAACAGCAGCUAACCAAUCACUGACCAGCGAUAUCCACAAGCUCACAGCUGAUUGGCAGAAAGCCAGGGAGGAGCUUGACAUCAAAGAGAAUGAGUGGAGGGAGGAGGAACAGAGCUUCAACGAUUACUUUAGUGCGGAGCAUGGCCGUCUUCUCUCUCUGUGGCGUGCGGUUGUCGCUUUUCGUCGCAACUUCAGUGAGCUGAAGACAGCUACAGAGAGGGAUCUGUCUCACGUGCGACAGGACGUGACUAAGGCGGCACGUAGCAUGCAUACAGCUUGUCUCAAUCUGAACGCCAACAACCGCAACUCGGAGACGCAGUCUCAGGUUGCAAUGGACCGCGAGCGAGGUGAACGUCAGUCCAUAGAGAGUCAGAUGAGAGAUGCCCGCCGCGAGGCUGCCGAGCUCCAGGCACGUUACGAUGCUCACAGCGCAGAACUCAAUGCUAGGGUGAAUGAGCUGACCAUGUCCAAUGAGAAGUUGAAGAUUCAGCUGGAAGAGAAGGACAAGACCGUCAGCAACCUUCGACGCGCUGUUGAACAUCUCGAACUUAAAGCAGGGGAGAGAACCUUUGCUGAUAUGCAGGAGUCUGAUAUGUCAAGAGCAAUCCGCGACGAGACUGAAUCCCUUCACAAUGCCCUCAGAAGUAUCGCUGAAUCAGUACUUAACGAUGCUGAUGAGGACAUGCCAGUAGAAGGGGAAACCACUCUGUCACGAGCACGCUCCAAGUCACCCGUUGCACGUGCUAGGUCUCCAACUCUCCGCACACGCUCCAAGUCACCGCUGGAUAGAACAAGGUCUCCAGCUUUUGCUGAUGCAACUUUCUCUGCAGUCCAGGCUGCCCUCAAUAAGAGACAGUUGCAGGUUGCCGAGUGCCGAGCCAAGUUGGCUGCGCAGAAGGACCACAAUGCAGCGCAAAAGAAGAUGAUGGAUGAUAUGGAGAAUGAGAAGAGAAGGCUCGAACUUCAGAUCCUUAACCUGAAAGAAGACCUUGACAUUUCGAGACGUGACAGAGAAGACACCACCCGUGACAGAGAUCGUGUCAAGAAUGCCCUCGGUUUGACAAGCUCCGAGAAACAACAGUUGGAGAGAGUACGUAACGAGCUGAACGAGCAGAUCGAGCAGUUGAACAACGAGAACGAGAAACUGCAGGCGGCCAACUCCGAACUCCAGCGACAGAGAGAUAACCUUGAAGAUGACAAAGAUGAUAUCACCAAGGACAAAGAUCGCCAGAUCAAGGAAAAUGAGCGAUGCCAGAGGAUUAUUGAGCAGCAGGAGCACAAGAAUUCCAGUCUGAAGGAGGAACUAGUUGCCACAAAGGAGGCUCUCAACAGGGCACUUCUUGAUAAGGAGGUUCUUGAUCAACAAAGACAGGAAGUCAGUGAAGCUCACGCCAAGGCCGAGAUGGUGAAGACAGAAUUGGAGGGAGAGCUGCACAAGUCACGCUCGGAGGUGGCUGCCCUCAAGGACGCCCUCGUCAAGAUGCAGGCAUUGAACGAGGGUCUUGGACAGGACAAGAUUGAACUUAACAGAAUUAUUAUGCAGAUGGAGGCAGAGAAGGCAGCUGUAUACGGAGAGAAACAAGCUCUAGAACAAGAGCGCUCAGGAAUCCGAGAGGAACUUGUCCGUGUAGAACAAGAAAAGAUGGAUCUUGACACAGAAAAAGCUGGAUUGAACCAGACAUUGGAGCUCAGUGAGAUGACACGGCAGCAGCUUGAGGAGGAGAUCCAGAUAUUAAACAGUGGCAAGGCCGACGUUACUGAACAACUUAAUUCUGUAUCCAGAUCGAAACAGAAUAUUGCCGAGGAGUUGGUGAUAGCUCGUAAGGAAUUAGAUCGUAUACAGAACCAGUUACAGAGAGUUAGCAAGGAGAAGGAAGCUCUUAACCUGGAGAAGGGAGAACUUAUUGUACAGGUGACAGCCACAGAGCGUGAGAACCGUCAACAGAGUGAACUUAUUGCUGCUCUCCGUAUGGACAAGGAAGGCCUCGAGGGUAACUUGUACGAGACUGCUAACGGCCUCGCUCAACUUGAGGUGAAGAAACAACAACUUGAGGUUGAAAACCAGGACCUUCUUGUCAGGAAAGAAAAUCUUCAAGGUGAGAUUGCCCGCCUUGUUAAGGAGAAGGACUCUGACCUAGAUAAGUACGAUCAUUCGAGGGAAGAGUUACAGAAACGUCUAGCCCAGCUAGAGAGAGACAUGCAGAUGGCACUGACACAAGAAAAACAAGCUCAUGAAGAUGAUGUGGAUAGACUGAUGAGAGAAAAGGACCGUCAGAGAGCCGAGUUGGAGAAUGAGAGAGAAUCAAUUUUACACAGACAUGCCAUGGAGAAGGAGGAGCAUCAACAGAACUUUAACAAACUACAGGAAGAUAUGGAGGAACAAAUCUCCGCCCUGUCUCGAGACCGAGAUAACUCUCUCCUUAUGGCUGAGAAUGAUAGACAACAGACAAUCUCCCUUCUGGAACAGGAGAAGAGCACUCUGUUGGAGAAGAACAACAACCUGAACAUGGAGUUGGCCAGUGGCAACGUAGAGUAUGAGAGACUGAAGCGCGAGUCCCAGGCCCGCCAGGAACAGGACCGAAGCAACAUCAACUCCCUCCAGUCCGAGCUGAAGAACUUCAGAUCCCAGUUUGAAGAGACCUGCGAGAACCAUGAGAAGGAGUGUAAAAAUCUGGCCAAUCAAAUCAGAGAUCUUGAGCGUCAGAAGGAGGCUGCCAUGCGCGAGGUCGGAGAGUUGAAGGUUCAGCUGAAACUUGUUGAGGAGACACGUGAUAACAUUAGACGUGACCUCAUCGAGGCCAACAGAAGAAUCAGAGAAGGUGAAGAACAGAGGGAUCAGUUAAGGAAGGAUAUGGUAGAGUUAAAGAGGAACAUGAAUGAUGAGAUCAGGGAGAAAGAAGCCGUUAGCAAGACUGCGGAUGAGCUCCGCAGUACCGUCAAGAAGAACGAGACAGACAAGAUCGAACUUAACCGAGCUCUUGGUGACACCAGACAGAGAGCUGCUGUCCUUGAUGAACAAAAGGGAGCUAUCACAAAGGAGGCAGCUGAUCUUCGUGCCAGUCUGCGCGAGGUAGAGAAGGCCCGUCUUGAUGCCAGACGUGAGCUCCAAGACCUGCGUCGCCAGGUGAAACAACUUGACAGUGAGAGGAGCAAGCUCGGCCGUGAGGUCAUUGACCUUCAGCAGAGAAUUUCCCGAGAUGAGGAGAAGGAAGAUGAGUCCAGACGCUGUCAGUUUGACCUGAAACAAAAGGUUGUUGAGGGUGAGGCCAGCAGAGAGGCCCUCAGAAAGGAGAUCAACAAUCUCCAGCGUAAGAUGGCUGAGGCUCAUGAUGAAUACUGUCUGAAAGAGAAGGAUUACCGAAUGGCCCUCGAGGACAGUCGUCGUGCUGAGAAACGUAUGGAAGACCAGAGACGUAAUCUUGAAAUCCAGUUUGAAAAUCUGAGUGCUGAGGAUGGUGAACUCAGAUUGAAACUGAGUGGAUCUGAGGGACGUGUCAAUGCCCUCGAGGCUCAGUUGGCUAGAUUGGAGGGAGUUAAGAGAGAUAUUGAAUUCAAGUUGAACAGCAUUGUAUCAAGUCUGAGGAGAACUAUUGGAUUCAGACAGGAGAUGCCAAGAUCUAGGAGCCCGAUCAGAUCCAGAAGCCCAAGCCCCAAGAGAUCCCGCCCAACGUCACCAUCUAAAGGAUUUGAAAACACUUUCGCCACCACCACUGAAGGACGCGGCAGUCCAAUUCCUCGCACAGGAUCUCCAGAACGCACUGCCAGCCCUGUCCGUGUCCUUAGAGCCCUAUCACCAAUGAGAGAGGUUCAAAUAUCUGCCAGUGAUGUCGACCCAGAAGCAGUUAGGAUGGCUCUAAGAGACUUUGUCAACCAACUUGCCAACGCUGAGAGAGAAAGAGACGAUGCUGUAUGCCAGAUGAGAAAUCUUGGUGUACAAUACAAGGAGCUUGAACAAGAAAGGGAGAGAACUGAGAACAGACUUCAACAACUACAAAAAUCCAUGUGUGAAGUAGAGGAAGACAAGCGCGGAAUCGAUGGCCGUCUCGCAAGCGCCCAGACGGCACUUAUGCUCCAGGAGGAGACAAUCCGUCGCAAUGAACGUGAGAGGAAAUCCAUGGCUGACAAGAUAAGCAGCCUGGAGCGCACUGUUGCCGGCAAGGAGUCUGAGCAGAGACAGACUCAGGAGAGGAUAGCUAAGAUGAGACAACAAGAGGGCCGACUUGAAGACGAGAAGAAGAAUCUCCGUAAUGCCCUCGAGGAGGCAGACAACAGAUGCACACGUCUUGAACUCGCCCGCCGCUCAGCCGAGGGUGAACUUCAGAGGAUGAAACUCGCAUUGAACGACAAAGAUACUGAAAACCAGGUUCUACAAGACCGUGUAGAGUCUCUGACAAAGAACAUUCAGGAUCUGGAAGGCAAGGCUCAAUCCCUACAACUGACCAUUGAUAGGUUGAGCUCUGCCCUUGCUAGGACCGAGGAGGAGGAAAACACACAGAAAGAAAAGGUUCACCAGCUGAACUCCAACUUGUCUGAUAACCAGGCCAGCAUUGCCGAGCUUGAGGAACGUUUGACUCACCUCCAGAGGGCGCUAACUAGCAGCGAACAUGAUCGUAGGAUAUUACAGGAACGUCUUGAUACAACCAGACAAGCAUUGAAUGAUGCCAAGAAACAGAACCACAAUUUGAUGGAACGUGUACAGAGCAUGCAGAGCGAACUAAGUGAGGCCGAGGUAGCAAGAUCCGAGCUUGAUGGACAGAUCAGACAGGGUCAUACCGUACUGCUACAGAGACAAGAGGCUGAGCAGGAGCUGUCCAUGAGGAUAGAGAAAAUGCAGGCUGAGAGAACCAGCCUCCAGGAACGUGUACAAGGCCUCCAGCGUGCCCUCGCUACCCUCGAGACAGAAAAACGUGAAAAUGAACGUGAUCAAAUUAGAUUGGAGAAAGACAAAUCUGCUCUACAGAAGACUCUUGACAAGGUUGAACGUGAGAAAAUGAGAUCAGAGGAAAUUGCCAGUAAGACUGUGAUGGAGCGAACCAGUCUGGACCGCAGCCUGUGUAAGUUUGAGGAAGACAACGCUGACCUUGCAACCAAGGUUCAAAACCUACAGGCACAACUGGCAGAGGCAGAGCAACAACAUGCUCAGAGAUUUUGGUGGGACCGUUUUGAGGAGGCCCAGGCGUUGAUUCGCCAACUGUUAGGAUUGAUUGAUCUAACAACACGCCACCGAGCCGAGACCGAGAUGGAGACAGAACGUCUGCGCCAGGCACAGAUGCAGGCCGAGCGUCUGCUCGACUCGAGAGAACGUGCUAACAGGCAGAAAGUUAAAGGAAUGGAAGAAACAAUUGCCACUUUGAAAGAUCAGCUUGCGACGGAGAUGCGCAAACGCCAGCAGUACAUCCAGAGAAGUGCCCGCACUGGCGAGGAAAUUGGCGAAAUCCGUUCCAUGUUAGAUAACUCUCUUACAACUGUAGGGAGGGAUCCUAGCCUAGAUAGACAACUUCUAGAAAUUGAAACACGUAAACUUGACGAUUCUAUAGAUGGUCAUGGAUAUCCACGUACCCCAACCCGCAGAAGAUCGCCGUUACGUACGCCUCCAACUCGCCUCGCCCAGUCUCCAUUAAGACGCACCGUUAGCCCAAUGACCUCGCGUAAAUACAAGAAGUAGUGCCUAAUUUAUUAUAAAAUUGACAAUAACUGUGGACAUGUUUAAAACUGCUGUAAUUUUCUAUUGAAGAUAUAAAAAAGAACAGUUUUGUGACAUUUCUUGUCAGAUAUUGUUACCGUUUUAAGUGCAACUUUGAUCAUUACUGUGAUUCGUUUUUUAAUUACGUAGAAAGUUUAAAUCAAAUGCCAUUCAUCCGUGGAUAAAGUGUUUACUAAGUCAUAGGUUAAAUAAAAAUCAAAAGUGAAUAUACCAUUAGAUCAAAUAUAUAAUUUAUUUACAAUAGAUAGGUAUAAUAAACAAAUUUAAUCAGGAUUAUAAUUACUAUACAUUUGUAUUAUCUUUGUAACAAAUCUUACACAAUUAGGUUUUUCAUUGCUGGUUGCCCUUUGUAAAAACGCACAAAGGUGAUGAAAUAUUUAGAACACGUUAUGAUUUCUUUGACUAUAAACUUAAAACUUGUUUAAGACUUUAGUACUUAAAUGUUUGUUUAUAUAUUUAUUCACUACUAUUUUCUAACAGACAAAGGGAGUGAACUGUGGGCUAGCAGCUAGUUUUUCGCCUCUUAAAUAAGUCUGUGAUUUUUUGUGUGUUUUUAGUAGGAGAAGCAAUUUUAAAUAAUUGGCAUAGAUGCAAUUUGUUGUUUUAAAUAUAUUUACAAGCAUAUAUGUGAUAAGAUGUUUUUCUUUUUGUUUUUGUUUUUUUGACGUUGCAUUGAUACACAAAAACUUUUAGGAUUUUCUUUUAAACCCAAGAUGACUUCUUAUCUUAUUAUUAUACCUGUAGCAUUAAGUUUGAAGUAUUGUCAGCUUAACAAGUAUUUCUAUUUUGAUUUACGAAGCCUUACAAACACCAAAGUAAAAUUAAGUUGUUAUUUCUCCAUGAAAUAUUUUUCGGCAAAACAAUCUUUUUAGGGUCCAACAUCGUUUUGGUGUCGGAAGCUGGUCCAGUAAAAGGACGUUACAUUUUUUUGUGCUGUCUGUGAUAAAAGUAACAAUACUAUCGCUUAUGUAAAGUAGUUCUUGCAUAUUUAUUUCGGUUUAAUUUCAAUAUGUAUGAAUAUGUAUUAUAUAUACUCAGAAAGAUACGUUUUUUUCCCCCGGCUUUAGUAUAUUUGCUACAGUAUAAUAUAGGAUACAGUGUCAGUAUUAUAUUAAGUAUUUGUAAAAACUGUAACUUCCCCUGUGUGACAUUGAUCGCAUCCCUUGCCAUGCAAUGAUCGACAAAAAUGUGACGAUUAUCAGUACGAUAAUUGUUUUAGAUCCGACAUUAAUGGGUCUGAUUAUUCCGAUAUUGUAUUAUCUGGUAUGUAGAUAACAUGUUACACAGUCGAGAUACAGAUUUUUUACAAGAACGCACAUUAUUCAAGAUUUAAUAAUUAUACCCACUGUGAUAUGGAGUUAUUGUAUAAUCUUUGAUUUCUAGCUUACGUUGUUUUUAUUAUUAUUCAAUUUAUUAUUUUUUGACUAUUUUUGCGCUAGUGUGCACUGAUUAUUUUUUCAGUAAUUGUUUAAUACAGAAAUGAUGGUUUUUAGUAAAAAUGUAAGGAGAUGUACAACAUUUAAAAGCAAGUAUCUGAUUGCUCGGUUUUAAAGAAAAUUCAUAAAUUGACCAAUUAAAAGUUACAGUUACAGAAAUGGCUGAAACUUUUCAAAUUUUGUCUUGCAUAGCUAAAAUGUGUAAUUCUGAGUAUUUCAGGCAUUUUCUAAAACCAAUAUUUGUGUAUUUUAAUUAAUUGCUGCAAAAAAAAAGAAUAAUCUAUAGUAGAUUUUUAGAUAUUUUGAGAGGCGAUUCAAGCUUAUACAGCUUCCAUGCAAUAAGAAUAUAGAAUGUUGUUUUAGUAGUGGUCAUUUGUUAAUUCUGCUGAUUUUAUAGAAAGAUCUAGAAAUUCCGAGUUUUUGGGUCAGGCUACAGUAUUGUAUUAGGCAGCAAAGCAUCCCAUUGAUCCAGACUUUGUCCAUGUGCUUUUUAUUAUAUAUAUUCAUUCCAUCUCACUGACUCAGAUUUUUUCCUUCAUGCUAAUAUUCCGUCCAAACCAAAAUGGCUGCCAUGUUGCAAAAGGGGAACAAAUAGAAAGCAAAUGUGAUACACCUAUUUCAUGUAUGUGUCUAAAAUAAAAAGUGUGAACUUGGUAAUUUGGUGUAUAUAUAUAUUUGAACCAUGAUAUGUUUUUGGAAGAUAAAAUAUUUAUUUUUUAUACCGUGUAUUGUAACUAUGUUAUAACUCUCAUCAUGUGCUGAUUGAAUGAUUUCUAAAAAUAGAAUACCGAAAUAUGAUUUUUAUUGAUUUUAUGUCAUUUUAAAAAUGUACAUGUAUGUUGUGUUGUUUUUAGGUAUUUGUAUUGAAUUUUUUUUUUUAGUCUGGCAGGGUUGGAAAAUGUUUUUGUCGGUUGUUUUUCUUUAACCGAAAAAGAAUUGUGUCCGAGGUGUUUGACUGCCUAGUCGAGAAAGACUGGCCACGAAUUAUAGAAAAAUGUAGACGUGAAUGUAUAUGUUAUAAUAAGCACUGUUGUUUUUUGUGGUAUAUCUAAUACACAUUUACUGAUGUGGAAAAUAACUUGAUAUGUAAUUGCAUAUAGUUAUAUUUAAUAUAAUUUGGAGAUAUUUUAAGUCCUAGAUACAAUGUAAAUUAUAAAUCAAUGUCAGAUUCAAAUUUUUGUGUGAUAUUUUACCAACAUAAAACGAUCAGGUCAUGAAAUAUUUUCUACUAUUUAACAUAGCAAUAAGUAAGUGAUAAGUAAUAACUGAACCAUGUUUUAUGAAUGGAUGUAAGAAAGGUGAAAUCUACAGUAACCGCCUUAUAUGGAGGACAUAUUUUUGGAACAUUUUAUAGGUAAUUUGUGUAGAGAGAUAAAGUAUUACCCCACCCUCAUAUUUACACAGCUUGUCGUGGUAGUUUGAAGCACAGGUUAAAAUCUCUUCUAGUUUUUUUUCUUUUCUUAUUCUUUUAUCGUUUUUGUUCUUAGUAUAUUUCCCUUUUUUAUUUUGUUUUGUCAGAGAAUCUUCUUUUCUGGUCUGUUUAUGGGCUUUGCAUCAUGGGACUUCUGUUUUCAGAUGCUUUAAUGUCUCUUUUUAUAAUUGUGAUGUGUUUUUACUAUAUAUUUUGAAAAUUUUAAUUAUUUUUAGAAAUACAAAAAAGUCAUAGAAAUCCGUCCCUUUUUGUAUUAGUUUCUCUGUUAAAGUUAUCUGUUAGUUUCUUUAUUUAUCAGUAUGAGUUACACUAUGUACUCUCUCACUUCAAACCAGGAAUAAAGUGUGAUUAAUAUAGA